AAAAGAAAAAAAUAAUAAUUUGGAUUUGUUUCAGUUCAUUAUUGAAUUUUUCCCUUUAUGCAACUGAAGCAAGGUUUGAAGAAAUACUUGAAGUCGGCUCUACUGGAACUCACUGUUAUUCUUCCAAACUUGGCAAGAAAAUUAACUAUGAAGAACAUGUGCUUCCUCAAAUGAAAUGCAUUGAUUUUUGGACCAGAGAGCUGCACAGGUAACUUAAGGCAGCAAACAUAUCCCAUAUUCCUUCCUCUUCCUGCUGUGGUACCUGAACAUCUGAAGAACUCUAAGCUACCAUUUGCACUUGGUACUUAUUUCCAUAGAUUUCCUACAGAAUAUUGAAAUGACAUCCUUACAAGGCGCUACAAUGGGUCGAAGUAUGCCAGUUGAAGUGGAUGAAACUAUUGACUGGUCUCCCUUUCCAGAACAUUCAUUGAAAGAGGCUUCAAACCCUUCUGUAGAAGUUAUAAACAACUCAAUACCUAUGGGAACUUAUCCCACUCAAACAUCUCAUCCAAUGAAUGGGCAACUAGGAUUCUAUAAGCACCUUGAUCACAUCAAUUCUAAUAAUGGCAUACUAGAAACGUAUGGCCACAGUCUUCCACAAGACACCUAUGAUUCUAGAAGACGACAAUUUCCUGGCCAAUCCAGCAACUCAACAGACUGUUCAGAAUGUAAUUAUUUGCCUCAACACAAAACAAACCAGCUCUUGAGGUCUCAACCAUCAGCUGAUUCUCUUGACAUCGGGCACAAUUCUAGUAAUUUGCAAAGAAGUUCAUCAGAAAUAUCACAGCAUUCAUUUGGUGAAAAUCAGGAAAACAUAAAGCCAAAUUGGCACCACGAUAAUAGGGUGCCAGUAGACCUAAGGACAGAAGAUGCAGGAUAUGAUUCUCAGCCUCAGGAUCCUCUGGGCAUUGGACAACCUGAGCUUCCCUUGUCCUUUACUUCUGUUUUGAACCUACAAGAUCUUCCAAAGCCUCUGAUGUCCAGAGCAUAUUCACUGAUGGACUCUCAGUCAUACCCUUUAUUUCCACAGAUGCCUCAUCUUUAUAUUUCACCACAAGCUCAGUGGCGUCCAAGAUACUACAAUCAGAAUAUGUACUACCAGAAUCCAUAUGGGCAAACCCCCUACCAACAUUUUCCACAUUCACCUCAAGUGCAGCUUCCUGUUCCUGGCCCUUGUGUAAGAGUCACCCGCCCUGCUCAGCAAAUAAUCCCUCAUUAUUCUAGGCCACAUGGACCCAAGUGUAAUGAAGAAAGGCUGCCUCAGGGGGAAAGCUCUUCCGAAGGACUCCAGAGAUUUCAUGACCAGUUUCAGAAGCAGAUGCUUGAGAGUAACACACCGUUCGAAAUAUACGGUGCUCAUGAGGGCGUAGAGAGAUUUCCUUUUGAUUCCAUGGCUCAGUCUGACAGCAUGUCCACCCCUGGGGCUAUCCCAAGACCCCUGACUAAUUCUGCAGCCAGAGGGACACUGAGGACCAGCAAUUUGCCUGAAGAGCUACGCAAAGUCUUUAUAACCUAUUCCGUGGACGCAGCUGUCGAGGUCAUGAAGUUUGUGAACUUUUUAUUUGUGAAUGGAUUUCAGACUGCGAUUGACAUAUUUGAGGACACCAUCCGAGGAAUUGAUAUUAUCAAGUGGAUGGAACGUUAUCUAAGUGAUAAGACAGUAAUGAUAAUCAUAGCAAUCAGUCCAAAAUACAAACAGGAUGUUGAAGGGGCUGAAUCCCAGCUGGACAAGGACGAACAUGGUUUACAUACUAAGUACAUCCACAGAAUGAUGCAAAUUGAAUUUAUACAACAAGGAAGCAUGAACUUCAGAUUCAUUCCUGUGCUCUUUCCCAAUGCAAAAAAGGAACAUGUACCUACCUGGCUUCAUAAUACUCAUAUCUACCAUUGGCCUCGGAAUAAAAAGAACAUUCUGUUGCGGUUGCUGAGAGAAGAGGAGUAUAUCGCGCCUCCAAUAGGACCUCUGCCCACUCUCCAGGUUGUUCCAUUGGGAGCACACAUCUGAAGCCCACAUGGACUAAAUGUUGUACGAUUCUCUUGGCUGAUGGCCAGGGUUUUCCUGGCUACCCUUCUGGGUGAUGAACGGCAUGUGCCCCCUCUCCCCUUCCCACCACAAAUAGAAUUUGUCUUGGGGUGCAGCAAGCCAAUGUGUUUCCUUUCCUUCUGAAUGUCUCUUUCUGAUGCUGAUCAGACACAUUGGUGGAUUUCAACAAACUACAAAUGGAAAAAUGCAUUUCAUGGUGGUUGUUUUUCUUCUGUCUUGAGCAACAUUCCAAGUCUGCAGCAAAGCAAGCAAAUACUAGAAUGAGGCUGAAUAUGCAAAACAACAACAACAAACAAACAGCAGGAUCCUCUUGUGGGCUCACAGCUCGUUUUGUUGUCAGACAGAUGGAUAUAUAUUGUAAAACAAUAUUCCAAUGCUGUUUCAUGUACACGAUAAAGGAGUUACUUUAGUUCUGUUUAUAGUUAUGAUAUCCACAGACAGUAAUACUAAACACUCACAACAUUCACAUCUCUGAACCUUUACAUUUCACCUUAAGAUAGAAAGAACGGUAAACUUUCAGAAAGAUAUACUUUACAGAAUUAAUCUCAGAACCGCUGAGAUACUGUACCAACAAUUGCUCAUUUCUCAUAAUGUAGGGCCAAAACAGAUAUUUUUCACUCUUAACAACAGAGUCAGUAGCAGGGUUGAGAUCCUAGCACAUGGCAGGGAUGAUGGUAGUGGUGGGGAAAAGGAUUAAUGUAGGCAAUCUCCUUCCUUUGUGGUUCUGCAAAACUAUCCCUAGAAUAACUGUAUGCCCAAGAGAAAAGCAUGUGCUAGUUAAAAAAACCAAACAAACUGGUUAUUCCAUCUUUAGGCUUUGCUUAACACAAUUUAAAUGAGAAAGCCAAGACCUAUUACUACCUGUGAAACGAGAUAAACAAAGGUGCUUAGUCUAAAAACCUACUUAAUUUAAAAGAACUCUUGUUAAAAACCCAGUGUCUCUUAUCUUGUUUUAGCAGGGCAGAAAUCCGAACCACUGCUAAUUCUAACUACAGCAAAGUUCAAAGGGAGAAACAAUUUGGAGCUGUGCAACAGAAAAGAGGCAGAUUGUUGAAGGAGAAAGAUAAUUACUAUAAUUUAUCACAUGUCCACAUUAAUGAAGCUCAACCGAAUACCUGGGUUUUAAAAGAAGCAAAGCUGUAUAGCAACAAGCGGAAAAUAAUCACUUAUAGUCCCCUUAUCACAGAAAAAACAAUUUUGUUUACUUUCAGAUAUAAGGGUAACCUUUCGCAGACUGAAAUAAAUGCAGUGGACAGAUUUGCAAAAGAAGCUAUGUAGAUUCUGGUCAUUAUGUUGAAUGAUUGUUCUUGAAAGCAUGACAAAGGCUAGUGCUUUUCAUCCCACUGUUCUAAUGUUAUUACAAGGUCCAAAUUGCAACAGAAUGAGAUUCUUGCCUUGAGUACUCAAGAGUUAAAGGUAUAAUUUUUAAGAAAGUGAGAGGAGUAAUUCCAUAAUAUUUAAGGUCAGAUAAACAGAAACUGUAAUGAGAGUAUAUAUGUUUUGCAAGGUUCCCUUUACCUGAAACGGACAAGUAAAAGGUGGAUGGUCAAAUGUUCCCAUAGUGUGCUUGUGUUUAACAGAUGUUUUCUCUGGUUCCAAAGUGCUUUGUGGCCAUUAUUAAAUCUCCUUGCAGUAACACAAAGGUGCUUACCAAAAUCAACUGAACUUUCUUGGGUUUUUUUCCUUGAAAACAUUUCACUUCUCAUUCAAGAAGCUUUUUCGGUUCUGACUGAAUAGUGGGGAAUGGAAGGAUGUAUAUUCCUUAGCAGUUAUCUUUAGUAUAUUUAGAUGGAAUAUACAUCCUUCCAUUCCCCACCAUUCAGCCACAACUGAAGAAGCUUCUUGGAUUAAAAAAAUGAAACUUUUCAAGGAACAAAAAAACAAGGAAGUCCACUUGCCUUUGAUAAGCAUCUUUGGGACAACCAUGACCUGGGUGAUUGAGAAUGUCCAUAGACACUCUUUGCAGUAACAGUUCUGACCUGUAUUAAUAUAAGUGUCUUAUCAGCUACUAUUCUAGUGAUGCUUGGAUUUUUGCAGACCAGAUCUUGCAAGACCUAAAAAUUGCACAAAAUUGCACUUAUAUGUGUUUGCCAUGCAGCAGCAUCUUUAUCCAUUAUGAAUUACUAUUCUUUUUUUUCCCAACUGGUGUUUACUCAAAAACACAAUAAACUAAAACUAAUAAUUCA